UCAUCAUCAUCAUCAUCAUCAUCAUCAUCAUCAUCAUCAUCAUCAUCAUCAUCAUCAUCAUCAUCAUCAUCAUCAUCAUCAUCAUCAUCAUCAUCAUCAUCAUCAUCAUCAUCAUCAUCAUCAUCAUCAUCAUCAUCAUCAUCAUCAUCAUCAUCAUCAUCAUCAUCAUCAUCAUCAUCAUCAUCAUCAUCAUCAUCAUCAUCAUCAUCAUCAUCAUCAUCAUCAUCAUCAUCAUCAUCAUCAUCAUCAUCAUCAUCAUCAUCAUCAUCAUCAUCAUCAUCAUCAUCAUCAUCAUCAUCAUCAUCAUCAUCAUCAUCAUCAUCAUCAUCAUCAUCAUCAUCAUCAUCAUCAUCAUCAUCAUCAUCAUCAUCAUCAUCAUCAUCAUCAUCAUCAUCAUCAUCAUCAUCAUCAUCAUCAUCAUCAUCAUCAUCAUCAUCAUCAUCAUCAUCAUCAUCAUCAUCAUCAUCAUCAUCAUCAUCAUCAUCAUCAUCAUCAUCAUCAUCAUCAUCAUCAUCAUCAUCAUCAUCAUCAUCAUCAUCAUCAUCAUCAUCAUCAUCAUCAUCAUCAUCAUCAUCAUCAUCAUCAUCAUCAUCAUCAUCAUCAUCAUCAUCAUCAUCAUCAUCAUCAUCAUCAUCAUCAUCAUCAUCAUCAUCAUCAUCAUCAUCAUCAUCAUCAUCAUCAUCAUCAUCAUCAUCAUCAUCAUCAUCAUCAUCAUCAUCAUCAUCAUCAUCAUCAUCAUCAUCAUCAUCAUCAUCAUCAUCAUCAUCAUCAUCAUCAUCAUCAUCAUCAUCAUCAUCAUCAUCAUCAUCAUCAUCAUCAUCAUCAUCAUCAUCAUCAUCAUCAUCAUCAUCAUCAUCAUCAUCAUCAUCAUCAUCAUCAUCAUCAUCAUCAUCAUCAUCAUCAUCAUCAUCAUCAUCAUCAUCAUCAUCAUCAUCAUCAUCAUCAUCAUCAUCAUCAUCAUCAUCAUCAUCAUCAUCAUCAUCAUCAUCAUCAUCAUCAUCAUCAUCAUCAUCAUCAUCAUCAUCAUCAUCAUCAUCAUCAUCAUCAUCAUCAUCAUCAUCAUCAUCAUCAUCAUCAUCAUCAUCAUCAUCAUCAUCAUCAUCAUCAUCAUCAUCAUCAUCAUCAUCAUCAUCAUCAUCAUCAUCACCCAUUCCGCCCACACCCGGGCGAAAGCUUUUGUCAAACGACUCAACUUACGUUGUUCCGUGUCGGUUGUCGUCGGUCGGCGUUCUCUACUGUACGGGCAGCCCUCGCCUCCGCUACUGCUGCCGCUGCGCUGCUGCUGCUGCUGGUGGUGGUGGGGUGCUUCUUGUGAACGUGGAUGGUUUCGAGUAG